GUACUACUCGUACAAGUACGCGGAGGUGAUGUCGGCCGACGCGUUCGCCGCGUUCGAGGAGGCGGGUCUCGACGACGAGGAGGCGGUGUCGAGGGUGGGGAAGCGCUUCAAGGACACCGUGCUGUCGCUGGGAGGCGGCCGGCACCCGUCCAAGGUGUUCCGCGACUUCAGGGGGAGGGAUCCGACGCCGGAGGCGCUGCUGAAGCACUCGGGCCUCGCCACCGCAGCCGUGGCUUAGACUUGGCGCCGCCCCCUGGUCUAAACGACUACGGCAUGCACGGCUUUUGAGUACAACCCAUCUUAAAAGAGGGGACGGAAAUAUGUUUAUUCUUUCCCCCCCCCCCCUUCGCUCCGGUUGCUACAGCUGGGGGGUGUGAGGAGGUGGGGGUCAAUCGAUGGCGUUUUUUUUCGUCCGUGAGAGAAACCCGAGGGGGGGGAGGUGUACUCAUAUUCGUGCAUUUACGGAGGAACUUCAUUUGGGGGGCAUGCGGCGUCUUGUGUGC